AUGCAGCAGUUUGAGGACGUAACGGCAGCCCGGGACGCGCCUCGGCCGCCGCUGCCGCCAUCUCGUACUACUCCUGCCGGCUGCAGCCAAACCCCCCGUCGCGCCCCGGCCGCCGCUGCCCGCCAUCCUCGUUGGGAGGGAGAUCCAAAUCAGGCCGCCGUCGCCUCAAAUCUCAGGACGCCAGAGGAGGUCCGCCGCCGCCGCGCCACGGGGCCUUCGCCCAGCGACGUUGCAGGCGGCGGCGGAGGAAGGGGGGUGCACGGGGAGUCGAGGGGAGAUCGGGAUGUGGCCGCCCGGUGCGGCCCGGCGGCGGCCGCACGGGGUCGGGAGGAGUCGGAGUCGGGGAGGCUGACUGACCUGCCUGCGGCCACGAAGACAUACAUUGCUGCCAUCCUGCUGGUGCUUUCCCUCGCUGGGCGCCUCUCCGCCGCCGCCGCCGCCGAUGACGACAAGGUGGACGCCGUUAUCCGUCUCCCGAGCCACGGUCCAGGGGUCGCUGGCGCCGGUGAAGCAACGGCGGCCGUGAAGGAUUUUGAGCGGCCGAGGUGCUGCAACCGGGAGCGGUGCGGCGGGAUCCUGCGGAUAUGUCACUGCGAUGAUAUGUUCGACCACAAGUGCCCCGCCACCUGCGUGGACUGCGUGUCCUUGGGCCGAUCUGGCUACUACUGCGGCGACAGUUACCUUCCUGGCCCCGUGCCCAGGUGCACCAAGGUUGGCCGCAACGGCGACCUCUCCGGCGGUAACUAGCUAGCGUCGCCGCCGACGCCCGGCCGCAGCCUUGCGCCGGGUGAUGGUGAAUCCAAUAAAGUGAGCCGGCCGGUGGGCGAGUGGACGUAGUGAAUCACUGUGCCAGCGUUGUUCGUCUGUUGUGGUCGCUCUUUCCUCCUUUUUUCUUUCUUUCUUUCGGACUGUUGCUGUAACGCUAGUUUAAUUGCACCGAUGAAUAAGAUGAGCUGUGUUGAUCAGAUUGUCGUGCUAGUUUUGGUUCCGUUCAAGACCUCGAGUUCGAGGUGCGCAAUGAGGUGCGGCUACAAUUUGUGCUU